AUGUUUCUUUGCUCCUGGUCAAUUCUCUGCCUCAAUGUGCCGGGGCCUGAUGACACCGCGUUCAAGGUGUUGAGACGAAAGGUCUAUCUAACCACCCUCGCUCUCCUGGGCCCGGAGUUCAUCUUCCAAAUCGCUCUAGCGCAGUGGGAAUCUGCACGUCGGUCCGUACGGGAUUUCCAUGCGUCUGGAUAUACGCAAUGGACGAUGACCCAUGCCUUCUAUGCUGACAUGGGCGGGUUCGUCCUCCAGACCCGAGACUGGACGCCGUUUCCAAUCGACGCUAAACAGCUCCAUUACUUGGUCACAGAGGGAUACAUCGACCUCCCCAAACUCGACAAGCGGGUGAUUGUGGACAAGAACAAGGUCGACGGCAUGCUGCGGUUCAUCACACUCUGCCAGAUCUUCUGGUUUCUCGUCAAUAUCACUGGACGGGCGGUGCAACACCUGGCCAUCACAACAGGAGAGCUGACGACGGCUGCAUUUAUUGUGUGCAGCUUUGGGACGACUUACUGCUGGGUGCACAAGCCAGCAGAUAUCACAACGCCCGAUGUGAUAGAGACUGACGUAAGCAUUGCCCAGAUCUUAAUCAGGGCCGGGGAUCGGGCGAAGAAACCAUACAGCCGCACCCCGUUGGACUUUGUAAGUCGCAAGGAGUGGCAGUGGUCGUUGUAUUGGUCGAACUGGAUCAACAUCCUCCGCAAUAUGGGCAUUGUCUUCGGGCCACGCGUCCGGCCGGUGAAUCGCUUCGAGAAUACCAUCAUCCCCGAGCCGUCGCGGGCCGGGUACUGGGUGUCUCUUCUCGUGACGCUCAUUUAUGCCUCGAUUUUCAUCUGCGGUUGGAACUACAGCUUUCCGACCCGGGCGGAGAAAAUUCUCUGGCGUGCAGCGUCGGUGGGGGUGAUGGGCUGCCUGUUCGCGUACUGCGCCAUCAGCGAGUUUGCCUUCUCCGUCUACCCAUCGAUCCAGCAGCGCUUCUUCCCUGCGAUGGGCAAGCAGGAUGAGGAAGGCCAGCCCCGGAGUCGCCGUCAGCGGAUCGCCCAGGAGAAAUCACGGUUGAAACGGAUCGCGAUGACCGUGGCGGAUUGCUGCCGCAACAACUCGUUGGAGCAGGACCCGGACUUGACCGUGCCGCUCAAAGCCAUCCUGCCCAUAUACCGCGCAAUCAGUACGACGCCGCAAGGAGUCUGCAUUUUGGUCAAAUUACACCGGUGA